AUGGGAACCGAAACUACAACUGACUCAAAGAAGAAGAUCAAGAAGGAGAAGGAGAUCAAGAAGGAGAAGAAGAAGAUCAAGAAGGAGAAGAUCAAGAAGGAGAAGGAGAUCAAGAAGGAGAAGAAGAAGAUCAAGAAGGAGAAGAUCAAGAAGGAGAAGGAGAAGAAGAUCAAGAAGAAGGAGAAGGCAGAAGGAAGAAGAAGAAGGAGAAGAAGAAGAAGGAGGAGAAGAUCUGAGCCACUGUUGCUCAGAUCUUCCGUCACUGUACUCUGCUCAGCUCAGACAGGCCCAGGGGAGGACCCUGCAGGACAGGCCCAGGGGAGGACCCUGCAGGACAGGCCCAGGGGAGGACCCUGCAGGACAGGCCCAGGGGAGGACCCUGCAGGACAGGCCCAGGGGAGGACCCUGCAGGACAGGCCCAGGGGAGGACCCUGCAGGACAGGCCCAGGGGAGGACCCUGCUGGACAGGCCCAGGGGAGGACCCUGCAGGACAGGCCCAGGGGAGGACCCUGCAGGACAGGCCCAGGGGAGGACCCUGCAGGACAGGCCCAGGGGAGGACCGUGCAGGACAGGCCCAGGGGAGGACCCUGCUGGACAGGCCCAGGGGAGGACGUACACAGUGCAAAAAAGGAUCAAAUAUGA